UUUAGCCAAUCACAGUCCGUACUUUGAAAUGGACGCGUCUAUCCACCAAUCACAUUAUUGCUUGGGCGCCUAAAGUCACACCAUAUCCGGUGGAUCUUAUCAGGGAGUUUCGAGUCGACUUCGUUGAGUCACCGAUCGCGAGCUAGGAUCACACUUGAGCAACCAUGGUGAAAAUCUUCAUUGGGAACCUGUCUCAGCACACUGAGAAGGAGGACGUGGAAGCUCUCUUUACCAAAUAUGGCACAGUGACAGAAUGUGCAAAGUACAAAAAUUAUGCCUUUGUCCACAUGGAUGACCGCAAGUCAGCCACCAAAGCCAUCCGUGAGCUCCAUCUCCAUAAGCUGGAUGGCAGGCCCAUCAACGUGGAGCCCAGCAGAGGGAAGAACCAGGGCCCUGUGAAGCUCCACAUUGCCAAUGUAGAAAAGGGCUUUGACGAUGAGCUGCGAGCCAUGUUUGAAGAGUAUGGCACAGUGAAAGAGUGUGCCAUUGUCAAGAACUUUGCCUUUGUUCACAUGGAUAACUCUGAUGAGGCCAUGGAUGCCAUAAAGGGCCUGGAUAACACAGAGUUUCAAGGAAAGCGCAUACACGUUCAGAUAUCAAAAAGCAGACCCAAAGGUGGACCCGAGGAGGAGGACGACUAUCCGCCCCCACCGAACAGAGGAGGCUAUUAUCCCCCUCCCCGCUACCCGGGGGAGAGGCCCGAGCCUCCGUACAGAGAUCCCAGAGAUCACAGAGAUCCCAGAGAUCACAGAGAUCUCCGGGAUCCCCGCGAUCGCAUGUCUGCGUACGCCCCUCCACCCCUGCCCCCGCCACCCCCUCCCCCAAGACGAGCAUCUUACCACGACCGUGGCUACGGCGAGCGAGAGGACUACGCCAUGGUGGAUUACUACGAGAAAUACAGAGCCCGCCCCUACAGCAUGGGCGGAUACGAUGACAGGCGUUCCAACGCCCCUCCUCCUCCGCCACCCCCCUCGGCACUGGUAAGGGAACGUCUCUCUAUGGGGGCUCCUGACCCGUACGAGCGCCGCCCCCUCCCCCCUCCAUCCUACAUGUCUAGAGAUCGAAGCCCGAUCAGACGUGCCCCCCCUCCGCCUCCUCCAUCAGCCGGUAACGGGUACUCAUACGAGCGUUCCAGGCUCUCCCCGCUGUCCAGGGCUCCCAUGUACGCGCCUCAGAUGUACGCAGCCCACCGCCCCAGGGACCCCUACGCAGAGAGAGGGCCCCCGCCUCCACCACCACCCCCCCGAUAUGCGGGCUACUAGGCAUCCGGAGGGUCAUUCAAG